AUGUCCCCCUCCUUCUGGUGUUGGUGUCUCCAUAUUUUGGUCUUGUUUUUUGAAAUCGUUGCUAUCUUCUUGGAGCAUAAUUUUCUUAUACUUUUCACCGCCUCUCAAAUCUACCCGUCCGUUCUCUAUUUCCGCCCCAUACACGUCCCGGCCCGAAUGCAAUCAUUUUGGUUCUCUCCACACACCGGUCGGGAUGUGCACCGCCUUGGGAAAGACACAAAUGCGCCCAAGAAAGAGACUCACACGCAGUUCGUCUUCGAGUAUUUCAAGUCUUGGUGGUGGCGACUUGAUGAGGCCUUUCAAAUAUGCGUGAAGUAUCCCAUGACGCAUCAAUCCGAAAAUAGACCGAAUACGGCCAUCAUAACCCAGGACGAGGCAGUAAAGCCCGGUACGGCCAACGGUACCACCCACCACGUCCUUGAUAUCGACAUUCGUCAGGUCAUAGGCGACUCUGACGAAAGUUAUGAACUCUCUCUCUGUUUUAUUUUUAUUCGGAAAUUAAGACAAUGGAAGAAGUAG